CUUCCGUGUUUUUCACUGACCGGGAAGUCAAUCCGCUAUACCCCGGGGGUAGGGCAUUACGUCGCACCUAUACGUGUUAUUAGAAGCACGCCACAACACCGGCAAAACAGAAUUUGACCGGGAAUAAUUCACACAAGUAUGGGUUUUUUAAGCAAUCUGGACAUAGCUUUGACCUGGAUUCUCCCCUGUCUGUUCAUUGUGGACGGUUCAAUAAAAGUCAUCCCAUUCAACAUAGAACUUUUUGGAGAGAUCUCACGAGAGUUCCAGGAUUUCUCCAAAGUUUGCCCUUUGACCUGGGUGGGAUACACCCCCUCGUCGGAUAAUUACCGGAUAUUUGUCGGCGUGUACGAAGUGGCGUGUAGUAUCGCCAUCCUCAUAUCCGAUGAACUAAAAACUGUGGCCACGGCAAUUCUCACCUUCAUUUCAAUCGGAGCAGUUUUUACCCAUGUUUCCCUUGGAGAUACAACAUCCGCUGUUCCUCCAACGGUGACCGGUGCCUUGUUUUUGUUCCUGUUCAUUAGAUCGUAUGUGAAGUCAUCCGUGAAAGCACCCAAACAUAAAGUACCAAAGAAACUUAAAGUCAAAUAAACUAUUACGAUAUUGCUUUAUUGCAUUGUUUAUUUAUUGUGCUUGAUAUAAAGUAAUAAAGCAUUUACACA